GGACAAUUAACGCGGUUGUUGUGGUCGAUAAGCAGGGUCAUGUUUACUCGGUGUUUGAGGUUAUUACGAGCAAACAGGUUAAUGAAAGAUUCAGCCUUGCAAUGUUUAGUUCCACUCAGGUGGAUGUCAUCACUUCCGUUUGGAAAUGUACGCACAUCGUAUUUGGUCUUCGAAUACUUUUUCAGAAAAUACGACUUGCUCAGUGGGGUGUUUUCAUUGGUUUUACGGGUUUGGUUGCUGGAGGGGCGAUAUACAUGUCAAAUGACCUCAAAAAAGCCGAGUCGUCAAACAAAUCAUUUGGUCGCCCUAAAAUCGGUGGGGAUUUUAACCUGAUUGAUCAUCAUGGAAAACCAUGCACAUUAGCUGAUUUUUGUGGAAAAUGGGUUCUGUUGUACUUUGGAUUUUGUCGUUGUCCGGAUAUUUGCCCGGAACAAAUAGAAAGGCUUGUUGAAGUGUGUGACAGAAUAAUGCUCACUAAAAAAUCCAAAUAUCCUUUGGUCCCGGUAUUUAUGACCGUUGACAGUGAACGUGAUACCCCGGAUGUUGUGGAUAAAUAUAUUAAAGAAUUUUCACCAAAUCUAGUUGGUCUCACCGGCUCUAAGGAAGAAAUCGAUAAGGCUGCUAAAGCAUUCCGCAUUUAUUACAGUGCUGGUCCAAAAGAUGCUGAUGGUGAUUAUAUCGUAGGUUUCACUGAUAUUUCAUUUUGUAGCACGUUAACAGAUUGUGAUAACUAGUAUGAAGGUUAUGCUCGAGUUUUGAGUGUUUUGGUUACAGCCUUCAGCUUUUCACUGAAUGAUUUUCAACUAAAAUCUGCUUGAAAUCGCAGCCAAGCUAGUAAAAUCCAGUCGACUUUGAGAAAUAUCGACCAAAAGUGCACAAAUUAGCAAAUAGUAUACAAGUCAGGCAAUCGACAAUAUGUGUAAUACAUUACACGAAAUCUAGCUUACUGUCUGUCACACUGGUGGUUUGCUCAUCCUUCAUCAAGGGAAGUUUCGCUUGUCACCUUUGAACAAAGAACUUCAUCUUCAAUUUUUUUGGAUUCCAUCACCAGUCACUAUCCCUCAUUCUAAUCAACACUGCCAAUUAGUUUUCAGGAUAAUCUCUUUGUGAUCGUUAAUAUUACAUAAUCCAUUUGCAUGUACAUUAUCAUUAUGCGAUCGCAUUGAGUUGCCAUUUUGCAUUUUCGUGCACCAAUUGCAAAUCUUAUGUAUAGGAAGAUCUUUUAAUGCCUAUUUUCAUCUCCAAUCACCUGUAGCGUAUUUAUCAUAAUCAUCAAUCCAAGAAGUAUACGUAUACACACAAACUAAUCUCUGACAUUUUUACGUGGUACAGAGAAUUACAAAAUAACCCAUAUUCAAAGCCGAUUUUUAGGUGGGUGUAUAUGCACGUUUAAAAGCAAACUUUUAUUAGUGCUAUUAUAACAGCUUCUCGUUUGAAAAAGGUUGAUUGUCAUCUCCUAUAUUCACACGUGGUCACCAAAUUGUCUUAAUCGUAUAAGCAAAAUAGCUCUUGUUUGCACUUUCGUAUCUGAUAUUUUAAUUCGGACGAGACAGACAGAUAGAUACAGACAAAUCGAUAUAGAAUCUCCCCCAUGGGCACAUCAGUUCAAGUUGCCGCACUUCACAGUAAUGUGCAAGGAACAAGUGGAUAGAAAAGAUUGAUGUCAAAAAAGACAAAAAGGUAUAUGGAAGGAGAGGAAAUUUAAAAGUUAAGGUUAUUCAAAACAUCCAAGCUUUGGAAAACAUCAAAGAGUGAAUACAUCUGCGCCAUUGUGACUGAUUUCCAACCAUGUCACAGAGAAUCCUCAACCACCGAUUUUUAUGGUUCCGAGGACUCCAACCAGGUAGUCUGGAUCUCCCAACACGAUUGAGACCAACCAUCAGCGACUUCAUCGACUGAUGCCAGGUCUUGAUCUGGUCACCCUGAACCCUGUCCCAACCCAAUCCAGCUUCCCGUAUCAUGGGAUAUCCAGGUCUCCGUAAUCACAGUCAACCAGAUGACCUCCAGUGAAGGCAGACAGGUUUACGUCCAUCAGUACGUCUAUGAGGAAGUUAAAUAGAAACUGUGACAGUGAUCAUCCGUGGUGGAUACCACUAGUUGUCGUCAAUUCAGAUGACAACUUUCCAUAAGCCCUUAAGUGGCUGCUUGAAUUCAAGUAGAGGGCUUUGAUAAGUUUUGUAUACUUGCUCGGUACUCCUUUCACAGCCCCGCAUUGUCACAACAUCUUACUGUCGACAAAGUUGAGUACUGUUUUCAGAUCAGGAAAUAUGACCAGUGUCGGCGGCCGGUAAGCAUGAUUGUGUUCCAAAACCUGUCAGAGGGUGAAAAUAUGAUCAAUGCAUCCUCGUCCAGGUCUGAAACCUGCCUGGUUUUCCCAACUUGGCUGUUCUCGAGCUCCAAUUAGCCGUCGAAUAACUAUUGACCCUAGGAUCUUGAACACAAUAAUCAAACUAAUUUUCCUAUGGUAUUCACAAAAAAUUUCGCCCCCUCUUUAUAGACUGGGAUGAUCAGUGAAGCAGACAAAUCUCAUACGUCACUUAGUACCGCCGUUGGUGUGAUAAGCGAUUUCCUACCACCAUUCUUGAAAACUUCAGGUGAAAAACCGUCAGGUCCAGCUGCUUUGCAUAGUUUAGAUUCGAAACUGCUUUCUCAACUUUGAUAAGAGUCGGAGGACUGACAUCUACAUCCCAGCUGGCUUGCCAACAUUGAGAUCUAAUAUUUCGUCUUUAUUAUUAUUGUCGUUAUUGGUUGUAUAAACUUGUGUGAAAUAUUGUGUUCUGUUUAGUUAACUUAGGUAUAGUUUUCCCGUUCAAGACUAUUAGGAAUUAAGGAUACUCAAGAUGUGUUGAUAGCCUAAGGUGAAGCACGAGUACGUUAUGUAGGUGAUUAGCUGUACGGUCAAAGGACUAUAUAGAGACCGGUCUUUUAUGAAAAACUGCAGUGGCAUGAAGCAAUGGACUUUUCUGAGAGACAUUGAAACAUUUCGAAUAUUUACUCACCAUUUGUUUCUAUGUAACGAUAGGUGAACUGCGUUAAUAUUGAAAUGGUUGAUUAAUCACAAGUUGCUAACGUUUGUAAAGACGAUCCAUCUUCGUGUAAGAGUACCGAUGGGUUGGUGAAAUUUGACUUCUUUUUUUAUCUAUUACUUAAUGUCAACAUUCUUUGUUGUUGCAGUUUAUCAUGAGAAGUUGGUGUUAGAUUUUUUAACGUUGAUAUCGUGACGUCGAAAACUUGUAACAUUCCUCUUUGUAGCAAUAAUGAAAAUAUACCCAUUUAUGAGUUGCCAGUUGAAAUUACUAUAUAAUCAUUUCCAGUGCUUGAUAUGUAUGUUAUUUGAUUUGCGAUGCUAGUUUGCGCAAUAUUCUUGAUCUGCAUAUUCGAAAGUUCCUGAAUCUGUCGUGUUCAUUCACACUAAAUUAUCUUUCGAUUCGUGAUGUAGGGUGCACUGGAAAGUAGAUAUGCGUUUUGUACCUGUCAAAAAUGUAUGAUGGUACUUCAGGGCUGGUUUGUACCAACUCCCAGUUUCUGAAUAUACGAAAUGAAGUGGUAGGCCAGUUUAGCAUUUGCCAUCUGACACUAUCUCUGAUGACGGCAAGACAUCUAAGUACCUUUUAAAAAACGAGUAUGUCACGCUUCUCUCCACUCUAUUCUAUUACAUGAAUGUGGGACGUGGUCGUCGAAAGUGGGUUGGACCAUAGGUGUUUUCGUAGCAUCGCACAUGUAUGGUAGAAUCACUGUGUCAGGGAUGUCCAGGUUAGACAGAUGGUUAAAUGCAAGUCAGCCAAUGAGGUUGUGAACCUCUAUCGUUGGAGUUGGAUACGUUUUCCGCAUACCGAGUCACUACCUAUGUCGAUGGUUCAGGAUAGUAAGGCCAAGACAUGGUAUCAGUCCAUGAAAGAUUUAACCGUUGGUGUGAGUCGUGUAGGCUCGUAGAGACGCGAUAGGAAUAAAUGAUUUAGAACUCUUGGUGACAUGACUGAUGCGGUUGUGAACCUUCAUCAAUUGAGAUGGCCAUGACAUGUGUUACAUAUGCCUAACCACCGUCUGCUUCGUCACGAUGUUGGCCGAAGUGGGUUCAGACUGGAUAAAGGCUCGAGGUGGCCAGACUAUAACAUGACAUCAAUGAAUGAAGUCGUUGACUGUUCGUUUCAGCUAUGUAGGGCGAUGACGACUAGCCGGUUGAGGUCCGCGGGACAAGAGGAACCAGUGGUUGGAGAAUCUAGGUGAUACAGCUGAAAACCGAUAUCAGUGGCGCAGAUGUAUGCACACAUUAUCCUCACAUUAACCUCUAUACUUAAUCCCAUCAUCUCACUCGUCCUUCCUCUCUUUUACUACUUUCUACCUCUGCUUCCUUUGACCAAUUUUUUCCCUUCACCUUCCAUUUUAUUGUCUUUUUACUUAAUGUGCUGAUAUGAGGUGUGGCAAUCUGUAUCGUUACACAGUAAUGCCUAGUCCUGUGUUGAUCUUGAUGUUAAUGACUGAAAAUCGGUCACAACAACACAGCUAUAUACACUGUGUGACAUCUUCGAAAGUUUGGACAUUUCUAGUAAUCCUCAUUUAUUUCUUAUCUCUUCUUCCAUCCACUGUUAUCUACCUUUAUGCCAAUCUGUUUCUGUCCACUUGUUGUUUCCGGGCUGUUGUGAAGUGUGGCAACUUGAACCGAUGUACUUUAUCCAGACUGUACAUUGAUUUGUGUGACUCUAUCAUUGUCCAUAAAGCUUCACUAAUGUGACUAACUUAAUUCAAGGAGAAGACAAUAUAUAGAGAAUUCAAAUGAUUGGGUUAAAUUUCAUUUUAAACUGCUUCGUUUUUGUCUACUGUUUCGUGCUCCAGGUUGAUCACACUGUUGUCAUGUACUUACUGGAUCCAAAAGGACAAUUUUCCGAUUAUUAUGGGCAAAUUAAACCAGUACAAGAAAUAGCACGAAGUAUUGUCGAUAAGAUGGAUGCAUACAAAGACUAAUGCGAUAUAUAUCUAUGUAUGUCUAUUCCUUAGCAAUGUGUAUAGUGUAGAAUUGCUAGAGUGUGUGUAAAACAUUUAUAUAUCCAGUUAUCAUGUAUACAUCCUCUUUUUGUAUGUAAAUUUUUUUCGCUUCGUAGAAUGUACUACAUGUUUUUCUAUCACUAUGUAUUUAAUUAAUUAACUCAUUUUCUCUUUAUGCAAUCAAUAGUUCCUAGUCUGUUUCAGUUUGCCUAUUAUAUUUUUAAUAAUUUAAAUAUAUCUUUGUUUUUGACUUUAAAUCCUGG